AGAGCUGUGUUGGAGACGCUAAUUUGCUCCCAACAGACUCCAGCACAUCUUUUUUUUUUCUUUAGCUCCUCAGCAUCAAAACUUUACCUCCGAGGGCACUGAAACCACGCAAGCAGAAUAUCAGGGUGUUUCGCGACUUGAGGACUGCACAGAGACCAUUAAGGAUCAGGACUUGUCAUUACAGCCUGGAUGAUGAUUUGUUUCCUCCAAACGCUGCUGUUGUUGGGGGCUCAGCUGGUUCUCUCAGGCACAUCCCUGACUGCUCACACAGUCCCCAACAAUUUCUUCUACCAUAACUUCCUCAGUGGAAAUGGCAACAAAGGAAUUCAUUUUAGUGAUGUGAAGCUCCAUGUGGACUCUGCUCAGUCGUCAGUGUUUGCAGUCAGAGGGGGUAAUGCCACCCUGCCAUGCAGGUUUUGGUACGAGUCUGAGGUUAGCUCACCACGGGAGGUCAGGAUCAAGUGGUCUUGGCUCCCUACUGCUGGGGGACAUUGGACAGACGUGCUGGUGGCGAUCGAUUCCCACAGUCGAAGCUUUGGGGAGUUCAGGGGCCGUGUGCAGCUCAGACAGGAUUUCCCAGGAGAUGCUGCACUGUUGAUGACUGAACUUCAGUUGAAUGACACGGGCCGUUACCGCUGCGAAGUGGUGGACGGACUGGAGGACAAGAGCACUGUAAUUCAUCUGGAGUUACGAGGUGUGGUGUUUCCCUACCAACAUCCUCAUGGUCGUUAUCACCUGAGCUUCCUGGGAGCCCAGCAGGUGUGUGAGGAGCAGGACUCCUCGUUGGCCACCUUCACACAGCUCUUCCAGUCCUGGAAGGAAGGCCUGAACUGGUGCAAUGCAGGCUGGCUGUCUGACGGGACAGUCCAGUACCCCAUCACCCGGCCCAGAGUGCCCUGCGGGGGGCACGGUCUGGCCCCGGGUGUUAGGAGCUACGGCAGGCGGCACCUGCACCUUCAUCGCUACGAUGUCUUCUGCUUCUCCUCUUCGCUCCGAGGAAGAGUCUACUAUCUUCAGCCUUCUCACAAGAUGAACCUGACUGAGGCUCAGCAGGUGUGUCAGGAGAGCGGAGCUCAGAUCGCCAAAGUUGGACAGCUCUAUGCUGCCUGGAAGUUCAAAGGGUUGGACCACUGUGAGGCCGGCUGGCUGGCUGACGGAAGCGUUCGCUACGCCAUCAUCAGGCCACGCAAAAACUGUGGUCCCCCUGAGCCGGGGGUCCGCAGCUUUGGCUUCCCACCUCCACAGCACAAGCAUGGAGUCUAUUGCUACAAGUCAGAUGAUGAAUGAAUACAGAUUCCCACAGCCCCUCUGUUAGGUCAGACAUGUAAAGUUGACACUGAUGUUUUGAAAAUACUGUCUGUAUCCUUCUGAGUGUCCACUGUAAACCAGUGGAACCAUGCAAACCAGGGAUGUUUUACUUGCACAGUGUAACACAAGGAGCCCAGGACACCUUGAUGUUCCUUCAUUUAAUAGUUACAAGAGAAAAAGGUUGGGAACCACCGCUUUUAUUGCAUUUUUCUGUGGUAAUUUCUCAUUUUGUACAUGAGAGCAAAGCUUUUACCUUACUGUGAUGUUGUGUCACCAUUUCGGUCACACUAGCAUUUCCAAAAUGACAUUUGUACAUGAAC